AAUGACUGAUAAGAAAACGCUUUGCCUCUUGGGCGUUUUGAUUGCGUGUUUUAUUUUUUCCGUUUGUUCUCUGGUAUUAGCGACUUCAAUCAACGCUGCGCGAUUCUGAACUCUCUCCAAGAAUUUGCUUUUUUGUGUCGUGUGAAAUAACAAGAGCUCUUUAAACUCAAUACAAAGAAUCAAAUCGAUAACAUCUGAUUGUAGUUUAAUUCCACCAUGCUUUACAAAAAUAUCUUAUAUCUGCGUUUUGAAAGAGACCCCUCAUGAUGUACAGCUAAAGUAUGAGAAUUUCUGGCGUCUUUUGACACAAGAUAGAACUGAGAAUAAUUUUGCAACGAAUGUCCUAAUGCGUAAAUCUGCCUUUCGUGCGAAAACUGAAAUAAAAUAUGUGAACAUGAAGAGGAAAAAAGGCUAUCCUAGAUAAAAGCGAAAAAGUAGUCAACACUCUCAUUUAACUGAAUUUACGCAAACAAUAACAUCUGGAAUCAUUUGAAUUUGAACCUAAGUAACAUUUAGUUCGUUUCCUGUGGGAGCCCCCUCAAAACUAAAAAAAAAGGAGGUUGUUGCUUUUGCUUUUCAGAAUUGAAAGUAGUGGUAAGGCGGUUUUAGUCAUAACUUACCGCGUUUUAUAAAAGCUUCUUUAUUAUCGUAAAUAGUUUUGGUAGUGGUGCCCGUGAUGCACUGCUGCACGGGCUCAAAUCCCGUCGGUCUGAAUUUUUUAACGCCUCUUUUCAGUAAUUUCUUUGAUUGCAGCUUACCUGGGAGGAUAACUUCCUUACCUCUACUUACAUUAUUAGUCUUUGACAAAAAUCACGCAAAAAUUACUUACAAUUAAAACUUGUUAAUGAAGAUAAAACUAUGCUCCACCCAGCGAGUCAGUAUUUUGGGCCAUUCAUGGAGUCCUAUUUCCAUACGACCCGGUUAUGCCUCUCUCUUUUGUUUGACCCGGCCCAAGUCUCCCUCCUUUUAUCGCUACGUCGCCAUCACCGCGCCGCUUGCCAUAAUGCUUCGUUUCAGCAGCUCUGGGAGCGAGGGUAUUAUUGUAAAGAGCUCUCGAGUAACGGCAGCAGAGUACGGUAUUUUGAGUAAGAGUUAGUUGGCCAAUGCCUCUGCUAAGUUUUAAGUAAUAGUUAGCCGGUCGAGACAAGCGGAAAAGCGCAAAAAAUGGCCAGCGAGCGAAUCUAAGUACGCACGCCAUAUUUUGUGCGCCCACUUUUUCGUUCUCCUCCUCAGAAUGAGAGUCUGGAGGAGCGUGAAGCAGGCCGCACUUGAGUCAUCGUUUCCCUAUUCUUUAGGAAUACUCUGCCCAACAGGAUACCUUAAGGACAAGAAGAGAUAACGUAAUCCCAAGUAAAGAGAUAGGAAAGGACAAUGAAAUGUUCGAUUUGUCUCAUCAACGGGAUCGCACCUGAAUCAUUAACAAAAAACGCAAACGCGGAACGCAGCGUGGCAAGGGAAUUUGGUGGUAGAUGGGAGGAAAAUGGUAUUUUGUCUAUUUUCGUCUGCAGCAUUUCUUUUUGACUCCUCCGUGCUCGUCAUAAUGAUUUUGGGCUCUGUUCACUUUCAGAGUGGUCGCUUCACCCCUCUAGCUCACGUCUGACCGAUGAUAGGACGAUCUAAGGUUAAAAAGUUAGUGUAGAAAAAUUUAAAAGUUAUGGUUUCCAAAGGAUGACCUCAAAUCUAAACCAAUGUUUAAAAAAACAUUUUCCGUCCUUUAAGAUGAAGCUUGGAGGGUUUCCUCCUGUCCCCUUCCCCUCCCCCCUCGAGAAAGACAACGCUUGAUGGCAGGUUGUAGGUGAGGGAACAGUUAGCCUACGUGUAGCCGUACUCGCCCCCCAAGUGAAAAGGAAGCGAGGGAACACGCGUUACUGGUCACCGUGACCAUAUGAAGUGACUAUUCCCUCGCCUCUGUUUCACCUUGCGGGGGGAGGGUACGGCUACACGUAGACCAGGGAACAGUCACGUCAUACGGUCACGGAGACCAGUUACCCGUGUAACGCAAUCGGCCAUUGGGCGAACUUACGCUUGUACGUACGAUCACUCGCUGUGAUCUCUCAGAUUAAGUUCGUAUCAUCUCUCGUCGCUCCAAAUACUCAGGCAGCCAUGUUGAAUUGGUUGAAAGGCGGAGAGAAACCCAAGGUGGACACAAGCGAAUUCCACAUUCCCGAAAGCUAUCGAGGUUCCGAAGGCCCGCGCUACAAGGUUCUCGAAUGCAAAGAUGGUUACGAAGUUCGCUUGUAUGAAGACUCUCACUGGGUCAAGACAAGGUUUGAAGACGGAAACCUAGAAAAUUGCUCAAGUACCGGAUUCUGGAGACUCUUCAACUACAUCAGGGGAGAGAACGAAGGGGAAAAGAAAAUGGCCAUGACUGUGCCUGUUCAUUCCCAAGUCGAACUCGACAACGAAGGAAAAUGCAAGGCCUUCACUAUGUCUUUUUACACCCCAGCCGAGUUCCAAGCCACACCUCCAGUACCUAAGGAUAAAGCGGUAUUCCAUGAGAAAGUUGACGGCUGUGUUAUGUACGCCUCGAGUUUUGGUGGUUUCGCGAAAGACAAGGAUUGGCGAGAGAACGAGAAGAAACUCACAGAGGCCUUGGAGAGAGACGGCAAGGGUUAUGUGAAGAAUAUGUAUAUUGCAGCCGGCCAUGAUCCACCUUUCCGGCUGUUUGGCCGUCAUAAUGAAGUAUUACUUGUAGCUGAUCCUCAGCCCUCUUUAGCAGAGAAAGAACCCACGAAAGAUGGCGCAUCUGGUGAAUCAACUGAAUAGAUAAUUACGUAACUUUACAGCUCGUUUCUCUUUGUUUACCGCUUUACGCUUCAGUAAUCACUACCACUCUUUAUUGAAGAAAUUUGGAUUUUUUUACAGACAUCCUUGAUUUUGAACUGCAAGGACGCUUGAACAUAAACGUUUUGUGGAUUAUCACCAGAAAGCUUGAGUUCCAAAGACAAAGACGUAAAUAUCCUUAAAUUUUUCAUGGUCAUCUAUCUUGAUUUGAUUUUUGUUUUUGAAUAUUCGAGAUUAUUUCAGAAGUCUUCCCGAAUGAACCUGUUGGAUUAUAAUCAGGAAACUGUUUAAAAGCUAAGUUUGAGAAGCAUAAAAUAACGCAGGGAGACUCCAUUAUUUUAUUUGUAACAGUCGUAACAAACAAUCAUGUUAGAAGUUAAACGAAAAAAAAACAGCUUUUGAAUCGGAGCGAAAUUCGCUUAUUUAAUUGAAAACUAGUCGAGUAAAGGUAAGUAUGCAAAUGUAAAACCAAUUUUACAAGAAUUAGACUCAUAUGGAAUUAAAAAUGUCUAUUCGAUGCUAUUAA